AUGAUCAGAAUCUCUUCUUGCUUUCCAUCUGGUUCUAUAAAUUACCAGACAAAACAGUUGUUUGGACCCCAAGGGAUAGAAUUGUGGAAGCCAAACAAGGUUCUGAGUGUUAUUGCAUAUGGUUUCAUGAAUGACACUGGAAACUUUAUGCUCUUGCAUAACGACUCUAGUCCCGGGUGGGAGAGUUUCCAAAGUCCAACUGAUACCAUGUUGCCUACACAAAUAAUGAAUCUUGGAGGGGUUCUUCAUUCUCGACAAUCAGAGAAUAGAUUCACACCUGGAAGGUUUCAGUGUCGUCUGCUCUCGGACGGAAAUCUUGUGCUCAAUACUAGAGAUGUACAAUCAGAUUUUCCUUACGAGGCUUACUAUAGUAGUGGCACUAGCGAUUCUUCCAACAUAUCUAAUUCAGGUUAUCAAGUAGUCUUUGACCAGACAGCACAAAUGUACAUUUUGAGAGGAAACAACCAGAGAAUGGAUCUUGCAACAGAAAAAUUACCGUUAUCUUUUGUGAAGGAUUAUUAUCAUAGAACAACUCUCAAUUUUGAUGGAGUUUUUGGCCAAUAUUAUCAUCCAAAGAAUCUCUCUGGGAAUCCUGGUUGGAAAGCUCUUUGGGUGCAGCCAGAUAAUAUAUGUCUUCGUAACACUUUGUUUGGUGGAGGCAGUGGGACUUGCGGGUUUAACAGCAUUUGUCGACUUGAUGUUAACCGAAGGCCGAUUUGUGAGUGUCCACUACAUUAUGAAUUACUUGAUCCUAAUGACAAGCAUGGAAGCUGCAAGCCAAGAUUUACACAAAUUUGUGAAGAAGACAAUAGCAAAUCUGUGGAAGAUCUCUAUGAUUUUGAAGAGCUAAUAGAAACUAAUUGGGUAUAUGGUGAUUAUGAGACUAUAGAUCCUUCUACUGAAAUAAUGUGUCGAAAUUCUUGCCUAUAUGAUUGUUUCUGUGCUGCUGCCGUUUUCAAUGGUAAUCAGUGCUGGAAGAAGGGACAACCUCUUAAAAAUGGGAGAUCGGAUCCUAGUGCGAAUGUGAAUGGAAAGUCAUUCUUGAAGUUCAAAAAAGCUGAUAUUCCUCCAACAACUUUUACGCCUACUCAUGAGAUUAACAAAACGAAGGAAAGGGGAACAUUAAUUCUAGUUGGAUCAUUGCUCCUUGAAGGAAUGUUGGAUGUUCUGGUUGAAAAUGAUGUGGAAGCUUUAAAUGACAGGGAGAAAUUAGAGAGAUUUGUCAUGGUAGCUUUUUGGUGUAUUCAAGAAGACGCUUCUCUCAGGCCUACAAUGAGGAAAGUAUGUCAGAUGCUAGAAGGGGGGUUUGAAGUUCCUGUGCCUCAAAACCCAAACCAAGUUUCUUUUAGGGAUUAG